CAAGGAGAGCGCGUGGAUGGUUGAUCCUCCCAGGGCACAGGCGUCGCACGACCCAUGGAAAAAAGCCGAAAGAGAUACACCUCACUCGGCAUCAGUAUUGUUCUGAAGUUGAGAUCCAGUUGAUAGGGAAGCGGAGCUCCGAGCGUUCAGUUGUGGAAGAAAAUGAAGUUAGGAAGAAUGAGAGACAAAGAGAAAGGGAGAUAUGGUGGAGUUAGAAGGGGGCAAACGCUGCAACCAUUUCUUUUUUUGUGCGCAUUGGUGGCUGGUUUUGGCCUGUUGAUGCUUUCGCUUAAACCGUUGGAUCCUCCAAUUGUCGUGGAUUUCCCCAUAACGGUUGGGCUUGGAGAUUCGAAAAUCUCAAGUUUUGAUGGUGGAGCUGUGGCGGCCCUGAGCGCUUCGGGAACAAGGUAGAGAAAUCGUGCGCUACGGUAGAAGAGAUGGGACACGAUUUCAGAAGCGUUGCUUGGAAGGAAACCCUGAGAGUGAGAAGAAUUAUUGAAAAUCAUUUUCUUGUGAAUGGUACUGGGACUAGUUUUUAUCCUGUAUGCAAGAUUUGUUGGCUUUACUCGGCACUUAGAUAUCCAGGACCAUAAGCAGGAUGCAUGUGCUGCUUCUUACUUUAGGGGCGUCAAGAAUCAGGGAUCUUCCCCCAGAGCAAUUCUGUAGUCAUGGUUUUGUUCUGGGUAAGACCUCAGAGGCAGGUUUUGGGAAUGAAAUGUACAAGGUGUUAACUGCUGCAGCACUGAGUGUGAUGUUAAACCGGUCCCUUAUCAUUGGUCAAACCAGGCAUAUUGGUUCUUCCUCAAGCCUUUCUUUUUCCAAUUCAAGAACUCAACGUCGCUUUCUUGCUGACAACCUGUUUCUGAUGGACAUUUCCUUUUAGAGUUUUCAGUCACUGGCUCUUACAUCUAUUUUAACUUUUAGAAAUAUCUUGUCCCAGAAAUAUUGUGCAAUUACAAAUACAAACCUAGUUUUAUACAAUUUUGACAUUUACAUCAGUCACGCGUUUUGAUUUCUUGCUUAAAACUGACUGACAGUUCCAUUUUGAGCAUUCAUUUGCUAUGGUUCUUCUGUCUGCAUUAACUUUUUAAAGUGUUUCUGAUACCUAAAACAUUAUGCAAUUACAAUCACCAAUCUAGGGUAAUGAAGCUUUGACAUAUUGCAAGUUUUAUGGCCGCUGAAGUGUGAAAACCUAUUGCUGUCUGCCACUGAUGGGUUUGCGAAACUACUUUAAACAUGCAAAAUUUCAUGUUAUAAUCAAGUAAAAUAUUGCUAAUUAUAGCUUUUCUCCCCAUUAUCUUAUGCUAGCUCUCUUCUAUGUUUCAGUGGCAAGUAUCCUUUCGGGGAUUACAUUUCUUACCCCAACUUUACAUUUACGAUGAAAGAAAUUAAGCAUUUGUGGAGACAAAAUAGUUGUGAGAGCAAAUAUGGGAGGCAUCUUAUUAUGAGAACUGAUGAUUUUGAAAAGCCGUCUGAAACAAAUGUGCUUUGUAGCAAUUGGAAGAAAUGGAAGCAACCCAUUAUAUGGUUUCAAGGAACCACAGAUGCUGUGGCAGUACAAUUUUUCUUGAAAAGUAUUCACCAUGAGAUGAGAACUGCUGCUUCUGAUUUAUUUGGUGACCCACUAGUCCUAGGGUCACGUCCUAAUGUAUUUGGGGAGCUAAUGAGAGUUCUCAUAUCCCCUUCCAAAGAUGUCGAAGCAGCUGUCAAUUGGGUUCUCGGUGGCAGGGAAGAUCCUGACAUUUCACUGCACAUGCGAAUGCUUAUGAAUAGGUCUGUGAGAGCUGUACGAGCAGCAUUACGGUGUAUUAAAAAAGCCAUUCAAAAUCAACAUCUAAUAUCCAGGUCAAAGGUGGUUUUGGUGUCUGAUACGCCUUCUGUUGUUAAAAGUAUGAUUCGCAACAUAAGUGAAUUUGCUGAGGUUGUUCAUUUCGAAUAUGAACAUUUCAAAGGUAAUAUACAUAAAGAAUUGCUGAAAUCAGAUUUUAGAGUGAAGGAUUGGGGUUCAGCACCACGAUGGGUUGCUUUUGUGGACUUUUUUCUUGCAUCUCGUGCAAAAUAUGCUGUUGUUUCUGGAGCUCACCGUCGCGUUGGGACUACCUAUGCUCAAUUAGCUGCUGCUCUGGCUGCAACACGAAAUCUGGGGGAUAAUUCGACUGGUUCAAAUUUUGCAUUUUUCAGCAGUUUCCAGAGUAAUUUGUUAACGGCAGGUCUGAAGAAUCAGAUCGGCUGGGGUCACGUGUGGAACAGAUUUGCUGGUCCUUUGAGUUGUCGUAGCCAGGCCAAUCAGUGCGCCUUCACUCCACUUCUUCCUCCAGCUUGGUGGGAUGGCCUUUGGCAGUCUCCUAUUCCACGGGAUAUUAAUCGUCUGGCUUCUUAUGGCGUUAAACUAUCUGGCUUUGGUACUGUUAAUGACGCCUCUCUUCAAAAUUAUUGUCAUUCGAGGAAAAAUGUUGUGAGAACCGUUAAAUUCAAGUUGUAGUGUUUGGAAGUAACAUUUGAUUGUAAUCACACUUUUUUUUGUUUUUGGGCCAGAUGUAAUGAUAUGCUUUAGGAUUACCAUGCUAGUAGCAUGAUAGAAUGAAUUAGUUACUCAUCAUUUCCUUUCA